AUGUCUCUGUGCACGUUCCCCAUGAUACUACCACGUCUAAUUGACGACGCUUUCUUGGAAUUGGACGAUAUCGACAGAGCUCUACGUGCUCAUGCAAGAAGGGAUUCAAAAGCAAUAGGUCAACUGGACAAGGUUGUCGACGAUGAUUCGAAACUGGCAAUCUCGCUGAAUGUUGAAGGCUUCAAGCCAGACGAUCUGAAUAUGACUCUUGAGGACCGAGUUCUUACCGUUGAAGGGAAACAAGAGGUCAAGGAGGAGCACGGUUACGCGCUGAGGUCAUUCGUUCGCCAAUGGACUCUUCCAAAGGAUGUCAACGUAGACGAGCUCAAAUCUAGUAUGACUGAGCAAGGCCACCUGUCUAUCGAAGCUCCGAAAGUAAAACGACAACCUGCUGUCACUACCAAGACUAUUCCAAUUCAUAAAGCCGUGAAGGAUCAUAAGGCCGAGAAGGAGCAAUGA